AGCAAUGUUUUGGUUCCUGGCGGUGACGUAAUAGACAAAAACAUGGUUCCCUUGUUUUGAACCUGAAACGCGUGCUAAGUGUUUCUUUAACUUCACUACGCAUGAAGAUGCUUUCCCGAAACUGAAUGACUGGAGAACAAUCAUAAGAGACGAUGGCUCAGGCCGUGGAAACGUGUGCUGCUGAAUCCGGACGCAGGCUGCGCUCCAUCUGCCGGAGGAUGUACGAUGAAAACGAGGAUUUGUCUGAUGUGGAAGAAAUUGCAAACAUUAGAGGCUUCAGUGUGGAGGAGAAGCUUGUCAGUGACAGUUACAGCUCAAAGUUUGUGCACUCGAUGGAGGGCAAAGACUUCUCUUAUGAAUAUGUGCAAAGGGAGGCUCUCAGGGUGCCACUCAUUUUUAAAGAGAAAGAUGGAUUGGGGAUCAGAAUGCCUGAUCCAGAAUUUACUGUUAGUGAAAUUAAAGGCUUAGUUGGCAGUCGCCGGUCUGUGGAUGUUAUGGACGUGAGCACUCAGAAAGGCUCUGAAAUGAGCAUGGCUCAGUUUGUCCGUUAUUAUGAGACACCAGAGGAAGAGCGGGACAAACUCUUCAAUGUCAUCAGCUUAGAGUUCAGCCACACUAAGCUAGAGAACCUCAUCAAGCGGCCCACAGUGGUGGACCAAGUCGACUGGGUGGACAACAUGUGGCCUCUUGAUCUGAAACACAGCCAAACAGAAGCCACCAAUAUAAUCUCAGACAUGAAGUACCCUAAAGUGCAAAGGUAUUGUCUGAUGAGUGUGAAGGGCUGCUACACAGACUUCCACAUUGAUUUUGGGGGAACAUCUGUUUGGUAUCACGUAUUCAAGGGACAGAAAGUGUUCUGGCUCGUGCCUCCAAACACUCAUAACCUUGCCCUUUAUGAGGACUGGGUCCUGUCAGGAAAGCAGAGUGAUAUCUUCCUGGGAGACCGAGCUGAUGGAUGCCAGAGAGUGGAGCUUAAGCAAGGAUACACCUUCUUCAUCCCAUCUGGGUGGAUUCAUGCUGUCUACACUCCCGAGGACACGCUGGUGUUUGGAGGCAACAUUCUGCACAGCUUCAACAUUCCUAUGCAGCUUACCAUCCAUGAGAUAGAGAAUAGGACUAAGGUUCAUUCCAAGUUCCGCUUCCCCUUCUACUAUGAGAUAUGCUGGUAUGUCCUGGAGAGGUACCUGCACUGCCUGACCAAACGGACCUACCUGUCUCAGGAGAUCUCCAAAGAGCCUGUAGCAAUGGACAAUGAGACAAAGGCAAACACAGAGAGCCCCUCCUCUGACUCAAGGAGCCAGGACAUGAACGAGGAUUCAUGUGAGACUCAAGUCAGGGAGGACCAGGGUGAAAAACCAGAGAGAGUCACCCAGGAUGGCCCCUGCUCUCCCGACAACCGGAGGGGGCAACACCUCAAAGCUGUUUUAUCUGUUGACUCUGAGGACAGCUGUAAUCCCGGAUCCACCUCUCUAGAUUUCCCCCAAACCCCCUCUGACUCUCCAGCCUCAGAGUCUCCUAAUAAAUGGACGCAUUUGACGAAGUUCGAACUGAGCGGACUCAUGACGCUGGUCGAGAAGCUGGAGUCGCUCCCUGAAAAUAAGAAAUGUGUUCCAGAGGGAAUAGAGAACCCGCAGGCCCUCCUGGAAGACAUAAAGGUUGUCCUGAAAGAACAUGCCGAUGACGAUCCCAAAUUAGCGAUAACUGGAACUCCUGUGGUGUACUGGCCUAAGAAAACUAUAAAGCCCCGGCCUCCCAACCGGCCGAAACCUAAGAUGGCAGCUUCUCCUGCAUCAGCAGUCAAGCUGUCAGCCAGUCGGGGAACAUCUGGUGCCAGGCGGAGAAGGACUCGCUGUCGUAAGUGUGAGGCAUGCCUGCGGACGGAGUGUGGAGAGUGCCACUUCUGUAAAGACAUGAAGAAGUUUGGUGGGCCGGGCCGUAUGAAGCAGUCUUGCAUCAUGAGGCAGUGCAUUGCACCCGUCCUGCCCCACACAGCAGUGUGUCUCGUCUGUGGAGAGGCAGGAAAAGAGGACACAGUGGAGGAUGAGGAAGAGAAGUUUAACCUUAUGCUCAUGGAGUGCUCCAUCUGCAAUGAGAUUGUUCAUCCUAACUGUCUUAAGGUAAAAGAUUCAAACGGAGUAGUCAAUGAUGAGUUGCCAAACUGCUGGGAGUGCCCAAAGUGCAACCAUGCUGGAAAAACAGGGAAAGCCUCAAAGCAAAAAAGGGGGCCAGGAUUCAAGUACGCGUCAAACCUCCCUGGCUCGCUACUGAAAGAACCACGAUUAAACCGGGACUCAAAGGAGGAGCCUGACCCGCCAAUGGUGGCUACAGCAACUGUUACUGCUUUGACUACCACAUCUGCUGUGAAGAGAAAGGCAGAGCGGGACGAAUGCCCUAAGAGGAAAGAGGAAGAGCCUCCAAAGAAACGUCCCCCGCUGUUGUCUCUGGAUGGUACGCCUCGACCACGGCUCGAGGACAACCCAUUAAGAAAAAAGAGGAAACUUUUUGACACCAACGACGAACCUGUCAUUGUGAAAAAGAAGAAGAAGCUUUCAAAACCGGAGGAACCCUUGACUCCGAAGCUCUUGCGGCAAAUCAAGACAGAGAAUGACCACGGUGAUGAAGACGACGACCAGGAGGAUCAUGACGAAGAUGGAUUUUCCUUGGACAGGAUGGAUGUAAAGGAGAAGAACGAGUAUGAUGACGAGGACCAAGAAGAAGACGAGGAGGGAGAGGAAGAGGAGACAGUUAAAAAAGAAAGAGACAGUAGUGCAGAGGACACUAAAGCCAAGGUUCUGCUAAGUCCACUGCUAAGAACAUCUGCAGCCAGAGAAAGUGACCAAUCUUCGUCCAACUCUCCCAGAGCUGGGCCGAGCAGUGAAUCAGGAGAUGUUCAGGAGAGGAGCGCGGCUCAGCUAAAGGCUCGCCAUCAGCGCCGACGCCUUCCCAACAAAGAGCUGAGCAAAGAGUUCAACCAGGAAAUUCCAAAGACAGAAGACUGCCUGUCCAACCAGAACCACGGCUCAGUGAAGACGGAGGACGGGCCACCCAAUCACAAUCGACGACCACUGAAGAACGAGGACUCUGUGACCAAUCAGAACCGUAAACCACUAAAAACAGAGGACUCGACCACUAAUCAGAGCCGCAGGGCGCUCAAAAUGGAGGAAGGUCUGGCCAAUCAAAAUAGAAGGCCGCUGAAAAUGGAGGACAGCCUGGCCAAUCAAAACCACAGGCCUGUAAAAUCCGAGCCCGAUAACGAAGUAGAUGACCAAAAGCCGAGAUGGCCUCUCAAUAACGGCAGCAGCGACCUGGGUGACUGGCUGCGACACAGGGGGCGGGAGGCGAACGAGACGCAACGUGGUUACUCACCGCUCAGCUGGAACAGAAGCACGCAGAUCACGUCAAUAUGUCCCCGUCCGCUCCCCUGCCGCUCGCCGCCAAAGUGUAUCCAAAUGGAGCGCCAUGUGAUCCGGCCCCCUCCCAUCAGCCCCCCACCAGACAGACUGCCGCUGAGCGAUGGCGAAGCACACGUGAUGCGAAGAGAAAUGUGGAUGAUGGUGUUCAGUCACCUGUCUCACAGAGAUCUUUGUGUCUGCAUGCGUGUCUGCAGGACCUGGAACAGAUGGUGCUGCGACAAGAGACUUUGGAAGCACAUCAAUCUGAACCGCUGCAAGUCCAUCACACCUCUCAUGCUGAGCGGCAUCAUCCGGAGACAGCCAGCAGCUCUGGACCUCAGCUGGACCAACAUCUCCAAGAAACAGCUCAGCUGGCUCAUCAACAGGCUACCAGGUCUGCGUGUGCUGCUGUUGUCAGGAUGCUCCUGGGUGGCGGUCUCUGCUCUUUGCACAUCCAGCUGUCCUCUUCUGCGGACUCUGGAUGUUCAGUGGGUUGAGGGACUGAAAGACGCCCAGAUGAGGGACCUGCUGUCGCCUCCUACAGAUAACAGGCCAGGUCAGUUAGACAACAGGAGUAAGCUGCGUAAUGUGGAGGACCUGCGCCUGGCGGGCUUGGACAUCACAGACACGUCUCUGCGUCUCAUCAUACGUUACAUGCCCUCGUUGUCCAAGCUGGACCUCAGCUACUGCAACCACGUCACCGACCAGUCCGUCAACAUCCUCACUGCUGCCGGGACGACCACCAGAGACUCGCUCACUGACAUCAACCUGUCAGUCUGUAACAGGGUCACGGACCAGUCGCUGACCUAUUUCAAGCGCUGUGGGAGCAUAUGUCACAUCGACCUGCGAUACUGCAAACAGGUGACCAAGGAAGGAUGUGACCAGUUCAUUGCAGAGAUGUCCGUCAGCGUGCAGUUUGAACUCAUCGAAGAGAAACUGCUGCAAAAGAUCAGUUAAGGCAGAGGAACGUGGGAACAUACACAAGUGGUAAAACUACUGUCCACAUGGAGGCAGCAGACGACUGUGUGCUUGUGGAGGACGGCCGCUGUGUUUCAUGAACAUCUGCGGGUGACUAAACCGACACGAGGGCGGCGCCUGUUUAUCUUUAAAACUGAUGUAAAGGGAAGCUGCGCUGCUAAAGCCAGAAUGUAAAAAUGGAAAUCUUGUCCCGUGAAGGCAAUAUUGCAAAAAUGUUUUUGUUGUUGUUUGCACCUGUUUAUAAGUUAUUUAUUUCUUUAUAUUGAUUGUUUGUGUAUUGUAUCAUGAUUAUCUUUUGGUGUUUAUAGAUUAUUUUUUGUUCCAAUGCAAAGUUUAUUGCAUUAUAGAGUAAUAUUUUUGUAUCAGAAAGUGUUUCAUACAUUUAUGUGCAGUAUUGAUUGCACCACUGUACGGUAUCAUACCAUUGAAAUUGAUAAUCAAUCGGCAUUACUGUUAAGCUCUUUAUUGUUGAGAGGCAAGGUCCAAUGAUUUGUUGCCAAACUGUAGAAAGGUAGCUUGUGUUUAUGUGGCUGUUUUUUAUAUUUUAUUAUUUGUGUCAGUGCCCAGUUUCUGAUCAGAGAGAAGGUACUGUACAUUUUGUUUUCCAUAUAACAAUAUCAUGUCCCUUUGGAUGAGACAUAUAGAGGGAAAGUUUAAAGUUAUUUGCACUGAUACAGUAAAUAUGAAUACAUGAAUGUAUUCACACAUACACUAUACAGUUGUACAGUGUAUAAAGCAUAUUUUUUUCAACACUAAAAUGUUCUGCUAAUUCUACUAACAGCUUCUAGUUCGGUGGGUUGUAUUAAGACCUGCAUACACACGUCUCCAUCACUCUUUAGUAUUAUUGGUGCUUUGUGAAAAAAAGCGUUUUAGCUCUGCAUGCAGCAAAGAAAUAUGUUUACACCACAGUCAAUAGAUUUAGUAACUGUUGAACAAUAUAACCAUCCGUCAUUAGUUACACUCCAUACGAUUAAAAAAAAAAAAAAAAAAGUGACUCAGUGCUGAAUCAUGUAAGAAAUAAAGAAUCAACAAAGUCCAGGCGUAGGAUCUUAAAUUUGCAUAUAUCUUUUAGACAGUUUUCUCCCAUAUGACAGAAGUGACAUGUGUAACUCAGGUUUAAUCAGUCAAGAGGCUGAAAGAAAAAGGACUUUCUCUAUUUUCACCCAUGACCCUGUUUAUACUGUAUAUUUCUAAAUUGUCAUGGCCCCAAAACAUUUGAGUAUAGCAGUGAUUGUGUUCUGUUUCUGUUUUGUUUAAAAUCUGUCCAGUAAAUCCAUGUCAGUCUCCAGACAUGAGCUUCUGACCAUAAGGUUGAGACCAGAUACACUAAAUGCAGUGAUUUCUAAUACAGCAUGAGAUAGGAUCAUAGUAUAGAUCAUACUAUAUGUACAUGUCAUUCAGCCUGUCCAAUUUGAAGAAGCUGCAAACAGACAUAUUUCCUGAAAGAUUUGUGCAAAUAUAAAAGUGAAAAAUUGGAUUUUGUUCUUUUUUUUUUCUCAGAUUCCACUGAAAUAGACAUUUAUUAACACUGGUUGUUUUAUUUUUCAUGAGUUUAAACAUCAAGAUAAAGUACAUUACAACCAUUUUUAUGUACGUAUUCUUUGGCAUUUAUUCAUAGUCAUAUUUAAAGUUAUAUAAAAAUCUGCAUAUUUUGCUAUUGGAGCUUUCAGGCUCAACAGUUUAACGGUUUGAUAGGUUUCCGUUUUUUCUUGAAAACUAAACUUUUUUAGAAAUAAAGUCUUUAAAGGUUUUUUGUGUAACUUUUGAAUAGAUACGGUUCAGUGGAUGGGUUUACAUUUAAUUUUGUUUUUGUUUUUUAUUAAACAACCAUGUCUCCAUGAAAUAUUUUAGUACAUCACUGUAAAUGUUCAAUCUGUACAUAAUGUACAUGUAAAGCUUCUAGGAAAAGUUAAGUCAACCUUUGAGAUAUUAAAUUCAUUUUAAAUACA